AUGUCUCAGUAUGUUAAACAAGCGAGAGACCAGGUUUUGGAGCUGCUGCAUACCACGCAUCCCGGGAUCGUCCGCAUGAAGGCGCUUGCCAGAAGCACAGUUUGGUGGCCGGGUAUCGACCAAGAUAUCGAAAGGAAGGUCCGAACCUGCCUGCCCUGCCAGGAGACAAGGCCGCAACCUGCACGUGCAAGACUGCAUCCGUGGGAAUUUGCCAGAAACCCAUGGUCCCGAAUCCACAUCGAUUUUGCAGGACCCUUCCAAGGAAAGGUUUUUCUUCUGGUGGUGGAUGCGCAUUCGAAAUGGCUGGAAGUCAUCCAGAUAGCAUCCAUGUCGUCAGCAGCAGUGUGUCAAAGGCUGCGAGUGCUGUUCGCAACACACGGUGUUCCCGACACUAUAGUCUCGGACAAUGGGACAGCGUUCGUCUCACAAGAAUUUGAAGAAUUUUUGCAGAGAAACCAGAUCCGGCAAGUUAAGGUGGCGCCAUAUCAUCCAUCGUCAAAUGGCCAAGUGGAGCGCAUGGUCCAAGAAACUAAACAAGUCCUCAGGCGCAUGGAAGGAGGCGACAUGGCCACCAAGUUGGCCCGAUUUCUUUUGAGUCAGCAUAUUCUCCCGCACUCAACGACCGGAAAGAGUCCGGCGGAAUUGUUGAUGGGUCGGAGAAUCCGUACUGCACUGGACCGGCUUCACCCAGACCUACAAGCAGAGAUGGUGGACAAGCAAGAGGAACAAGCGCUGCGGGGAAGACAAGGUGUACGCGAAUUCGAGCCGCGAGAACCAGUCUUCAUCCGCAAUUAUUUAGCAGGCCCCAAGUGGCUACCCGGUAUCAUCACUGAGAUCACCGGUCCGGUGUCUUACAAGGUUCGCACCAUCGACGGUCGUUUCUGGAAGCGGCACGUGGACCAAAUCCGGAGACGGGAGUGGAGCACAUACCUGGACGAGGAGGAGCCUACGACAGAGCUGUCACCUCAGCAGCUCUCCUUACCAAGCGAGCCAUCGCUUAGGAAUGAAUCGGUGGAAGAGUGCCCACCAUCUAUGAGUCAAGCGGACUUCCCUGAGGAGUCAACCCCAGUGGCAACACCUCCAGCUUCCCCACAACGUUCACCUGCUUCACCCCAUGAACCGAGGCACCAAACAGUGUUGCCAACUUCAGCGCCUGCGCAAGAACCGUCAAAUCGUCCCCAGCGACAACGGCGACGUCCCGACUACCUAAAGGACUAUGUGACCUAG